AUGCAUUAUAUGAUUUGCAGGGCCUUUGUGGAUAGUGACAAUGAAGAUGAUGAAUCAAAGUUUAUUGAUGAUGAGGAUGAAGAUGAAUCUGGACCAUCCUAUCCGCACGUAGCAGAUGAUGAUGAUGAUGAUGAAGAAGAUGAGUUGGAUAAAUUUAUGGCAGGAAUUGAGGUAUUAUAAAGGAAAGCUGACAUGACUCUUUUAAGUGUAUAAAGGAAUCCAUCCAUUUCAUGACACUGAAUCAACUUGAGUCACAGAGAGUGAGCAAUCAGAGAAGGAAACAAGAGAACGUUGUUGUGACAUACUGGUAUCAGGCUUCUACCCUGAAUUAAUGGCUUGAAUGUAGUGCUCAGUCCCUUAUCUAGCUGUGCCUGAUUAUGCUCUUAAGAGCUGGUAGCUGGGGAUUUGGUAAUAAUUUAUUACAAUAAUUAUAGUAAAUUUUAAAUAAUUUAUGAUUUACUUAUAAUUUAUAAUGCUUAUUAUAAAUAUGUUAUAAUUAUUAUGGUAAAUUAUUAUGACUCUCUGAGUGUCACUUAAUUUUAAAGAACACUUAUAAUAAUAAUAAAAAUUAUUAUGAUAAUCAUUCAAAAUAUACUUAUCUGUGUUAGAGCAAUAUAUUAUAGCUAAUUACUGGACUCUUCUGGGCUGGCCAAGAAUCACGCAGGAAUGUAAAGCUGAAUGAUACAAUACUAGCUUCUGUACAGCUGUAACAUUAAAAAUUGUUAUUGUAAUGCCAUGGUAAUUGUUCAUUAUUUUGUACUUUUCAGCAUGAGGUCCGAAAAGAAGCAAGUAUGUCUGAGAAGGAAAAAAGUGAAAAAGAAAGGAAAAAGUAAAUAAUGUUACAGUAUUUUGUUACUGUAUUUGUUACAUGCUUGGUUUUAUUGUAUAAGAAUCCAAUGAUUAGAGUUUACUUUUGCAUUAGUGAAGAAUACAACUAGAAAAAGUAAAUUUUCAAUGAAUUUAAGGUAUGCUUGCCAUUUUUUUCUUUUGCAUCCAACAUCUGGGCAGAGCUGCACUAACAGUUGGUUGUUUAGUUUUGUUUAAUUCUCACUUUUGAUUGUUAUUCUUUUGCCUGUAUUAUGGUCAAAUGAAUGCAUUACUGUACCCUUUUAUUUUGGUUCUGAUCAGGAUUCGAAGAGAUGAUAUUGAGGAUGAGGAUGAUCAGGAAUCCUAUUACAACUACAUGAAAAAUGCUCCUGUAGUUGCUUAUCCUGACGACGAGGAAGAACUUGAAUAUGACAGUGAUGGUAAUCCUAUUGCUCCAGAAAAAUCAAAGGUGAGUGAGUCAAUUCAGUACGUGUGCCGGGAGCAGGACUUGGUUUCAUCCAUUUCAAUCUUUAAGGAUUAAGUGACUUGAAAUUAGUUUAUCGCAUUAUUGGCCAGGGCUCAAAAAGUGUAGAUUUUCUUGCUGGGCAAGUAACUGAGCAAGGAGUGAUCCUUGGCCAGCAACACGUGACAGCUGCUUGCCCAAAGGACAAUCUGGAAUUCAAGUUCUUUUUGACCCCUGGGAAGGAGUUUUAUCUAGGAACUUAUGUCCUUAAAUUUAUCAUGUAGGUGUACCUGAACCUGUUCUAGAUGUAACAAAGUUAAAUUUCUAACCCUAUCUUGAAAAUAAUGCAAAACAGGUAUGCUGCUCCACAUACAUUUCAAUAGAAGACACAAGAGGAUAUGUAAUUAUUAUGAGUGCUUACCAAAAGCCAGAAUUGGCCAGCUUAACAGGUUAUUUUGAAGGUUAACUGGGCUUUUCUCAUGAGUUUUUGGUAUAAAAGGGCUUCUGAUAGGGUGUAAGAAAAACAUUAAAAUUUGUUAGACUUUGGGGGCAAAUAAAUAUUCAUUGUGGGAAAACACUUGCACAGUAAUUGUUCAAUUACCUGAUUUGUGGCUUAAUGUAAUGUAGGCAAGCUUAAACAUGAGACAAUAGUGGCCAGCAUUCUCCACCACUAAUCAUAUUGGGUUGCUCUUUGGGCGUUUGUAGGGCUCUUGUAAUUUUACAAUACUUUUGCUGAGGUCAAUCAUUUUGCUCAGGUUGCCUUCGGGUGUAUUUGUUUCACAAUGAAUGCUAACUACAUGGUUACAUGAAGUACCAGUAGUUUUCAAUUUAACUCUUUCUUUCUUUUUUUUUUUAGAUAAUUGUACCUCUCCCGGCUGUGGAUCACUUUGAGGUAUUUUUUCUGUAAAUGUAGCUGUUGUGGGUAAAAUCCAUUCUUAGAUGAAUCCAGAAUUCAAUCUAGUUUUUUCUAGCCACAAUUUUUCUUAGGAGACAAAGGCUUUGAUUGAAACACUGGAUUAUCUAAAUCCAUUUUAGGUGAUAAGAAUACAUGUAAAUAUGCUGAUUGUGUUGUGAGGAUACUUGAUGGAUAUUUGCUUUGUAUUGUAAAUGCUAUUAUCUGAUAAAAUAAGACAAGGAAUAACAAUUCAGUUUUUUCAUUAAGAAUUCUAGUAGCAGGAAAAAGCUGUAACGUUGUCACAGGAGAAUAUUUUGAAAGAGGCCCCAUGUCUGAAUGAAAAAUAGUUAUAAGGCUACCAAACAUUUCCAGGAGAAUUCGACAUAGUAAACAGAGAAUUCUCCAAUCUCUGAUGCAAUGACAACAACAAGAAUACAGCCAAACCACCUAAAUACAUACACAAAGGGACAGAGACAAUUAUUAUUAGUGUUCUCAUUACAGAGGUGUCUGUAUUAUAAAGCAGGAAAAAAAUUGUAUGCAGUUUUGUACGUUUGGGACCAAAACAAAUGUCUGCAAUAGAGAGGUGUCCACCGGCUGGUCAUUAGUAUAGCAGCAAACUGCAGAAAAAUCAGCUGGCUACUUUUAGUUGGAAAAUGAGUCAAAGAAAGCAAAAUAAUGCAGGACGAUUUGUUGGAUAAACGACCUGCUAAUUUCCCUGAGAGACCAGCCAACUUCCGUAUUGUGGAGGUGUUUGUAUGGAGAGUUUCGACUGUCAACUCAGAGUAUAUCCACUCUUCUCUGUUGAUUUUGUCAGGGUUCGUACGUGUCUUGAAAACUCUUAAAAACCCCUGAAUUUUAAGAGUCCUUUUUUAAGGCCUUGAAAGUCCUUGAAAUUCUCUAUGGUCCAUUUUGGUCCUUGAAAGUCGUUGAAAUUUUAAUCAAAGAACAUUUGAUAAGAAGCAUCAUCACUAUUAUUGUCUUUUUCAUUAUGGAAGGUAAUUCUUUGAUAAGUACUCACAAACGAAUUUUCAUAAAAAAAAUGGUUGCCAUUAUUAUCAGAAUAUUGUUAUAGUUUAUUUGGAACCUGUGUUAAAAGUAAUAAAUAAGGUCCUUGAAAUUUAAAAAUGUGUCCUUGAAAAGUCCUUGAAAAGUCCUUGAAUUUUACGGCAGAAAAAGUGUACAAACCCUGUUUUGUGAAUGGUCUUUUUCUAUUUUCAUUUGUUGCAGAUUGACUACCCCCAAUUUGAGAAAAACUUUUACAUUGAACAUGAAGAAAUUUCAAAACUUACAGCCCAUGAGGUUCAAGAAUUGAGGAAGAAGUUAGCAGUCAAGGUAACUUUUCAACCCUCUAUAAAAGUGACCGCCUGUACAUUCUGAUUUGAUUAAUGAUUUCUGAUGUUUAUUCACCCCAUUAUUAUUUUUAUAUUAACAACAACAACAAAUUUAUUUAAAUUGCACUUGUCUAGCUGCACACAACAAAAGCUGAUUUCUAGGUGGGACGUAGGAGACACACAUUACAAAACAAAAAGAAGCAAUAUGUUGUAUCAUGAUAGUGGAUGUAAAUACAUGCAUAGUCGAGGAGUAAUUUGAAUGAAAUAUCUAUACCUCAAGCUUUUACCAUAAUGUUUCUCUUCAUGAACUAUGGAGGAGUUUGAGAAACUGUCUUGAUUUUCUGGUACUUAUUGGUGUUGUAUCUUUGAUUGGUAGGUUUCUGGAGCGUUGCCUGUGCGGCCGUCCAUCAGUUUUGCACACUUUGGUUUUGAUGAGCAGCUUAUGGGUGCAAUCAGAAAACUGGAGUACACACAACCUACACCAAUCCAGUGUCAGGUAUUAAACCCUCAUUGUCAAACAUGUAUGCUGCCGACCUCCCUGCAAUGUUGCAAGUCCAGUGCUCUAACUACUCCGCUAUGCUGCUUUCUUCCAGUGCUAGUGUAGGAUAGUAGAUCUCACAGUUUCAUUAUGUUACAGUAACUGUGUUAAGCUCAAUGUUUUUUCUACAGUGUGCACUUGUAGAACUCACAUCAAGCCCACAUUCUUUAAGGGGGUUAGGGUUUGUAGAGUUCGAAAGGAUAAACAGAAAUCGUUACAUUGCAUGAGAUUUUUCAAGAGAGAGAUAAAUUUGUAAAAUAGUUGUCAUUAAAAGCUAUCUGCCUCAAAACUACUGUCAACACGUCCUGUUGAUACGUAACUUCAUGAGCGACACUUUGGCACAAAUUAAUAUUAUCAAAAGGUACAGUUUUGCUAGAUAUAUAUCUUUCAAAACGUUUAAAUGUUGGUUGCUUUAGAGGUGAUUCAUCUCAAGAUUUUAAACGACAUAAGGGAAGGAUGGAAGUUUGCAAACAUUGUUUUCUGUAGUGGAUCACCCUCUAUAAAUCCCUUGUUGGCAAAAAAAAGUGGGAAAACAUAAUUUGGUGAAUCUUUUGUUAAUAACUGCUGUAAAGUAUGUUGCAGCUGUGUGGAAAUACUGUGCUUUAUUUCCCUGACUAGCCUUGGAAAACAGCUGACAUUUCGUGACUCGCCAACACUGGUUUCCCUGCGAGAUGACAUCUGAGAAACGAAUGCAAAAAUUCCAUGCUGAUGACGCGUCACUAUCCAAAUCUGAUUACAGUUAGUGCUUCUGAUUGGUUGUGCCGCAUGGGAAAUUUGUUUUAAAUAAUCAGAAUCACUAACCAGAUCUGGGUAGUGAUCCGUCAUCGGUAUGGAAUUUCUGUAGUCGUUUCUCAGAUGUCAUUUCAUGGGGAAACUUGUGGUGGCAUUGCAAAAUAGACUGAGACGAGGACGACUACGAGUGCGAGAUUUCCUCAGUACUGAAUAAUUGCUCACGCGUGAACCAGUGUCAUUUUGGCGGGAAAACGUGAUAGCCGUCGUCAUUCUACUACGAGUUUUAGCGAUAAUGUCGUAGUGGCGCAAACAAGUUAUCAAAUGUAAGAAGUUUUAUAAUUUUGUUAUAGGAAGAAGGCUUAACCUCCUUCAGUAUAAAUAACCGUACCGCAAAAAGCAUAAAUAACCGUAGUGAAAAAAGGUAAAAUGAAGCUUUCCGGGCUGUCUUUUUUUUGAGAACACGCGCAAAACCUUUAAGUUAAAUCUCGUACUUGUACUCAAAUCUAAAACUCUCUAAUGUCGGCUGUUUCCUCACGCUAGUCGCUGAAUGUAUGUCGAUAGCAAUCAGCGUCUUCUCAUUUCAGGCAAUUCCCGUAGCACUGAGUGGACGAGACAUCAUCGGCAUUGCUAAAACAGGUUCUGGUAAAACGGCAGCAUUUCUUUGGCCAGCACUAGUACAUAUUAUGGAUCAGCCAGAGCUGGAGCCAGGUGAUGGUCCCAUUGCACUCAUAUGUGCCCCUACAAGAGAACUUUGUCAACAGAUCUUCAUAGAGGCACGGCGGUUUGGUAAAGUGUAUAACAUUCAUGUCGUGGCUGUCUUUGGUGGGGGAAACAAGUAUGAGCAAUCAAAAGCCCUUCAGGAAGGGGCUGAAAUUGUUGUUGCUACUCCGGUAAGA